AAAUAUAAUAAUUAAAUUAUAUUUUGGUUUGAAAUUGGGGUUUCUUGUGGUGAGAUAGAAACUCAGAUUCUGUUAUUUGGAACCAUUUGAUUUCAAUUUUGUUACUUAAAUUUUGAAACUUUGAACCAAAGAUGGCGAAUGGGAAAACGGGAAUUUCCAAUUGGAUCCAAAAGAAAAUCACUGAUCCUCUUCUCGCCAUUCUCCAAAGAGGAGCUGAACCAAAACAGUUGGCUUUCUCGGCUGCUCUUGGCAUUACAUUUGGAAUAUUUCCUAUAGUUGGUGUCACUGUAUUUCUCUGCGGAGUCGCUAUUGCAUUGCUUGGAUCACGUUGUCAUGCUCCAACUUUGAUGCUCGCAAACUUUAUGGCUACUCCAAUAGAAUUGAGUCUAAUUGUGCCCUUUCUACGUCUCGGUGAAUUUAUUUCUGGCGGACCUCAAUUCCCUUUGACAUCUGACGCUUUAAAGAAAGUUCUUACCGGUCAAGCUUCACAUGAAGUCAUAUUAAGUGUUGUCCAUGCGGUGUUUGGGUGGCUUGCGGCAUCGCCUUUUAUUCUAGGAACACUAUACAUAAUAUUUUUACCAUGCUUCAGAAUUCUCCUGCAGAAAUUCUCAAAUGUACCUAUAAGUCCAAAGAAGCCUCUUCAUUCUCACUCAGAAGUAAGCUUGAAGGUAAUUUGAAAAAAAUAAAAUAGUAACCAGUUAUAUAGUAGUAUGUUAUUUCUUGACACAAAUUGUACAUAAUUAUCAAAGACUUGUAACUGUUUAUAAGCUGAGAUUGGUACCCUGGUUGUAAAGGAUGGAUUUUUCAAAUUCUUCUGAUAAACAGGUUCAUAGUAAAGGAUUGAAUGUUGAAUUUCCUUGCAUAUA